CCGAUAUUACUAUUUAAGCAACUGAAAUAACAGGUCUUCACAGGCAGUGGGAAAACGUUCUUCCACAAGAAUUCAAUAUAAAGCAAAAGGUUUUACACUCUACAAAAUCACUUAAACAGGAUGCCGUCGGUAUUAAACUGGAUACAUGUAAUAGUUGGUGUUUGUCUGCUUUUAAGCCUAGUCUCUAAUACUUCUGGAAAAUCGAUAACUGAUGACAAUCUAGCGCAAACCUCUGUAAGAAAGGUAAGAUCAGCGCAGCAGAAUAUGAGGCGCUAUCCGCCGACCGAUAACGUAGCUAUGCCGCAACAAGUAAACGACUUUUUGGGCGGCUUAGAAUAUGAAUUCAGGAAGGAGUAUAAUCGUCCGGGAUCACCAUAUCGGAAUAAGAGAGCGGCAGCGCUAAAUAAGCAGAGAAAACGAGCUUAAGUAAUUUAAUAUCUUUUGGACGAACAGAAAUUGAAGUAAAUGUAACUUCGGAUAAUAUAAUAUAUGUGUACAGGAGGAGGCCGAACUUGAAUGCUCAGAUAAUUUGACGGAAGCAACUGCUUACUGUAAAUAAAACUUAUAAAUUUAGGCAGUGUUUUUAUGACUAAAUUGUGGAAAACAAAUGAAAUGAUUAAAUAAAGCAAUAUGCAUUGAGCAGUUUUA